AUGGAGGAAGAGACACGCCUUGUCCGUUGCCUUUUAUGUAAAGAAAUCCAAGACGCUUUUGUUCAAUUAGUUAAAACAAUUUCAAAGAUAAGUCCAGACCUUCGUUGGAUUUGGAGAACAAACACAUUUGAAAUGAAAGCAACAACUUUAAAAUCAACUGCUUUUCUUGAAUACCUUUUUAAACCCGUCUCAUUCAAAGAAUUCAAUGGACCAUCCGAAGAUAACAUUAUUUUUGUUAAUUCUAAACGAGUUUUAUCUGCAUGUACAAUGUUUGAUAAAGCUGAAAGUGUAGAGAUGGUAUUACAACAAACCAAAUUAGUAUUCAACAUUAUCAUAAACCAAAACACAUCUAUAUCACGGACUAUUCAACUAGAUGAGCAAGAAGAAAGUAUGGAUAGAGAACCAACUUAUCAAAACCAUGCUCAGGUUAAAGGAUCUGCACUAGUGUUUUGUAGUGCAUUUAGCUCUUUUCCAAGAGACACAGAAUUUAUAAGUAUUCUCAUUAACGAAAAUCAAGUAGAAUUUCACUCUUACAACAAAACUAAAUUAAACGAAAAAAGAAUAAAUUCUCAUGUGAUAGCAACUGCAGAUAAAUUUGAAGGAAUCAAAUUCCCAACUCCAAACGGAAUUGGAGAUGUUGCAAAAGUUACAGUCCAAUUUAAAGACUAUAAACACAUCAUGAAUCUUGCAAAAGUUCUAAGUACAUCUCCUAAUCUUCGUGUAAAAAGUGUUGAGGAUGAAGGUUAUAUUGAUUUUAACUACUUUAAUUAUAUCUCUAUUAGAUUUACUAUGGCUGGAUUAAUAGAAGAAGACGAUACUACUACUCAAACAACAUCAGGAACAACAACAAAUACAAAUGACCACCAACGAAGAAGGUAUGUUGAAGACGAACCAGUAUCAGAAGUUUCGCUUAGCAAUAUUGCAAGAAGUAUGGUUUAG